GGGCUGCCUCUGGCCAUGAAGAAUGCAGGCAUCAUCGUGGGUCCUAUCAGUCUGCUGGUGGUAGGUGUCAUGAUUAUACACUGUAUGGACAUCCUAGUGAAGUGUGCUCACCACUUCUGCCACAAGAUGCAAAAGCCCUUUGUGGACUACGGAGAUACUGUGAUGUAUGGACUGGAAGCCAGUCCCUUCCUCUGGCUUCGUAACCAUUCCAUGUGGGCAAGGUACCUCGUGAGGUCCUUGCUAAUCAUUACUCAGCUGGGUUUCUGCAGUGUGUAUUUUUUGUUUCUGGCUGACAACUUUAAACAGGUGGAAGAAACCGCUUCCAUCAGCAACAAGUGCCAGCAAAAUAAGACGACAGAGGAGAUGCUGCCUUAUCUUCAUUUGCACCUCUACAUGCUCACCUUCCUACCUUUUAUGAUCCUUCUGGUGUUUUUCCAUGACCUCCUGAUGCUAGCCAUCUUCUCCACUGUGGGCAAUAUUGCCAUCCUGGGGAGUAUGGCCUUGAUCUUCAGUUACAUUAUACAGGACAUACCAAAUCCUAAGAACCUGCCCUGGUCAGCAAAUUGGCAGACAUACACCCUGUUCUUUGGGACAGCCGUAUUUUCACUCGAAGGCAUUAGUGUGAUUCUCCCUCUUGAAAACCAAAUGAAGUAUCCUAAUAAUUAUGUUGUGAUCCUGUACAUAGUGAUGCCCAUCAUCAUUAUUCUCUAUAUCAGCCUGGGAACCCUGGGCUACAUGAAAUUUGGAGAAGACAUUCAGGCCAGCAUAAUCCUCAACCUGCCCAACUGUUGGUUAUAUCAGUCUGUCAAGAUUCUCCAUUCCAUUGGAAUUUUUUUCACCUACGCCUUGCAGUUCUGUGUUCCUGCGGAGAUCAUCAUCCCCCUUGUCAUGUCCUGGGCACCACAACGAAGUGAAUUGUUGGUUGACUUGUCUGUCCGUGCAUUCAUGGUCUGUAUGACAUAUAUAUUUGCCAUGCUGAUCCCCCAAAUGGAGCUGGUCACUGUGCUGCUGGGUUCUGCAAGUUGUAGUGUUCUGGCUCUGAUCAUCCCACCACUCCUAGAGAUCUGUACCUAUUACUCGGAUGGUUUAAGCUCCUUCAUCAUUAUUAAGGAUCUCUUUAUCAGUAUCCUGGGCAUUCUUGGGUGUAUAAUGGGGACCUACCAAGCCUUCUAUGAAAUAAUCCACCAGAAUUUUUUCAGUUCCUCACAGAAUUCCACCAGGCCAAUUAUCUACUUUUAA